AUGCGGUUAGAUAGAAUCACCCAAUUGACGAUCUUACUUGUCAUCAGUUCUAUUUUUCUAUUUGGUGCAUUUCUAGCGGACGAUGUGAUCACUUUGCUUCGUUUUUAUGAGGAACCGGAGGAGAGUCGAGAUCAGUUAAGGCAAUUGGGUUUCACGAAAGGUGUCAUGCUUACUUUAUGGCUAAGCAUGUUCGUGCACGCAGUUCUUUACGUUACCUCAAUUGUGUUAACAUUUUUCGGAGUCUUCAGACGCUCUCGCUUGAUCUUGUGGGCUUGUCCGAUAUGUUUAAUCUAUUCUCUCGAGAGUCUUUUGGGCUCUUUUACUGGCGGGAUUUUCUCGGGUAAUUGGGUUGAUAUCUUGACAGCGACAGCUAUGUUGUUCGGCUCGUUGGGUGUCUUUAUUUUGUUGAGUUUAAACUUUGCAUUUCUUUUCGGUGCUUAUGUCUGCAGUUAUAUCGUGGCACUGCGGAGAUUAUAUUCUGUUUCAGCGGAUGUCCGACUUUUCUUGCGAUUGCUUGGCUUUACGAAAGGCGUUAUGGUCACUUUGUACAUG